AUGCUGCUCGCCCUUCUCCAGAUUCUUCCUUCUGGGGCGCACGCGCUUCGGCGGCAGGCUGCCCUUCGGCACGCGCGAGCCUGCUUGCAGGCGAAAGCCCACCCAGUCGCCCUUUUGUGCGGAUCAUGCGCAUGCCGAUCCGCGUUCGGCGCUUUCUGCAGGCACAGGUUUGCCAUCUCGUGGGUGUUUGGUGAAGAUGGCCGACCAGCUGCCCAGCUCGUUUUUCUUUCCGUGGUCCGCGCCGCGUGGAACAUGUCCACGUACGAGCACCCGUCCACGGAGCUGGGUUUCGGAACGUGCCCUUGA